UUGGGGUGUAGGAGUCGACAAUUUGUUUGCAUCUAUGCAUGUUUCGACUUUUUGUGCUGCCAUUAAGCCAUUUUAGAGGCAACUGAGUUCUGCACAUUAGACGCGUUACUUUGUGAUACCGAAAUAAUGUCUGACAAGAAAGCUUACCCUGUUGCAGGACAGCCACCAGCAGGUUAUGUACCAGCACCUCCACCUGGUACUUAUGGAGUGCCUGGAGCAGCUCCCUAUGGUGUUUUUCCAUCACAAGCCCAUUUGUAUGCUGCAGCAGCAGCUGCACAAGGGCCACCACCCACAUAUGACCAGUCUUUGGCACACCCUGCAGCAGUUAAUCAGCAGAUGUAUGCACAGAGUGCUGCAGCUGCACAGAUGUAUGCUCAAGGGUAUCCUGGCUACUUAGGGUAUCCGGCAUAUAGUCCCAUGCAGGCAUACUACCCAUCUCUUGCUGCAUAUUCAUAUCCAGGAAUGCAGCCAGCUCAGUUAAGGCCAACAAUAAUGGUGCCGAAUGGAUUUGAUGCUGGUGCUCGUUUUGAUGGCAUAGCUCAGCCUGUACUACCUCCAGCACCACCUGGUGUGCCUGCUAAUGCUGCUCAACUUGCUGCCAUGGCUGGUCACAAUGUUGCCCUUUCUCAAAAGAAAGGCUCAUUUCUAGCUGGUGGAAGUGAAGGAGGUUAUACUUUUUGGUAGGACUAGCAACACAGAGCAGAAGUUUUUGGACUCCCCCCUCAGGAAAAAAUGAGUGUUGCUGUUAGAUGAUGCUUCAGCCCAUUAUUGCAAGUGUUUAACCCCAUAGACACUCACAGAAUCAGGUUUCUGUGGUAGGUGGUGUGAUGAGGAUUGAUCUUACAUUGUAACCUGAUGUUUACAGUAGAAAGUGAUGUGCCCAGGACCAGUUUCAUUUGUAACUACUAUGGGUGGAAUUGAAGUGGGCUACUGACAAAACCACUACAAUAAAUUCUUUUAUUGAAUGACCACAGUUUUAUAGUUCAGUAUAUCUUGAAGGAUAACUUAUUUGCCAGUGUUAAGACUUGCGUUCAACACAGUUUGAUCCUUGUAUACAGAACAGUAGUUGCCAUCAUUCUCAUCUUUCCACAAAAGUUAAAUGUACCUUAAUGUUUCAUAUGAAUUGUAAAUUUCUAGUUUCUACAGUUCACUUAGUUCCCGUUUUGUGACCUGAUGUGUUCAUUACAAAAACAUUGAAGCAUUGAUAAGAGUAUAAACAGUAAUUUUUUAAAUGGCACUGUUAAUUGCGGUAUAUUUGGUACUGAGUAAUUCACAUUUUGUAAAUUUUUGAAAACGGUUAUAAUGUUCAAAAUUUUGUUGGUUAUCAUAAAGUAUUAACUUUAUCCAGAAAAAGUUAAGCACCUGUGACAAAUGUAAGAAAACUGCUUUUUGCUUCCAAAUUUGUGUAAUUCUUCAUUUUGUGUUGAAGUUCAAACAGAAAUUAAUCACAUAUACUGUGCUCAGAAUUUGCAUGUGUAACAAACUCAACUGAUCCUCAUAGGUACUCUCAAAUAUGCGUUUAGUACUUGAAACUGUGUAAAAUAUAUAUUCUGCAAUAUUUUUAAAAAUGUGGAAAUUUUACUUCUUAACUUGUUGAAAAUUUCAUGUGUUGGGUGAUCAUAGUGUGCAUAAUUGCAGGCUUUAAAGCACUUGUUUAUUGUUGAGAACUACCUGAACUGUUCUGAUUGUUAAAGUCCUCACUGUGUGCUAAAAAUGAGAAACUGUGAUAUUACAAUUUUUGGCUUUAAAAACCUGUUACUGUUAAAUAAUUGGUCAUAAUUUGGGGCAUAGCAACAGCAUGAAUGUGCAGUUACGAACAUUUGUAUCAAACUGAUAAAAAUUUGCAUUGUGGAAAGAGCUAAAGUUUUGUUUUUGAGGCUUUAGUAAUAUGUUGACUGUUGAAAGUAAGUUUCUUGUGUUUUAAAGAAAAAGUCCAAAUUACUGUAUGAACUAAUUUUUGUUGAAAAGUGUAACUUCUUUCUUUGGAAACAUUUGCAGUUUUUGUCAAUAAUAGAAUAAUUGUUUAGUGAGUGAUUCAUACGGUAUAACAAAAUUAUUUUGUAGAACAAUGCUUGAAUAUUAUGAAGCAUUCCAUUGUACAUGCAGAUUUAUUAAAUCUGGAAUAUGCAGCAAUUAACACAAAGUUAGUACAAGUAUUUACUUUUUGUACAUUGUUUAUGCUUAUGACUUUUUAUUUAAUAUGAAUUACUGAUUCCUGAAUAUUACAGUGGAAAAUACAAAUGUGUGUUUGUAAUUGCUACUUGCAACUUCAUGGGGUACAAAAUUUAAUAGACUUAAUAGCAGGUUUGACUAAAAUAUUAAUACUUGCAUUCAGUGAGCACAAAAAUUUUGAAUCUAUUGGUAGAGAGCCAGUAUUAGAUCAGAACAAGAGAUUUUAUUUCAGAAUGAAAAUUUUUCUGUUUUUUCACAAUCUUAAGUGGGUAUUGUGCAAAAAAAUAAGUGGUACGAUCACUUGUGGUGACUGAAGUGUUUCAAAGGAAUGGGAGAAAUGUGGCUCUUGACAUAACUGUGUUUUGUGUUUUAUUCCACCUUCUGGAGUAUAAUUGGGCUGCCCAUGUGUUACGAAGUUUGUGAAACAAUCAAGGCAGCUAAUACAUCUAAAUUCAAUGUUAGUGCUGUGAUAUUUUGAAAUUUUUGUAGACACUUGUUUUUAACACUAAAGUGUUAUUUUCAAUCUGGAUAAAGUUAUUCAACAAAAUUUUAGACUUUCGUAGUUUAUUCAAAGCUAUGAAUCAGCAGUUGAUAUAAAAACUUAAUUGGUGUAACAAUGCGCGCGCGCGCGCACACACACACACACACACACACACACACACACACACACACACUCUCUCUCUCUCUCUCUCUCUCUCUCUCUCUCUCUCUCUCUCUCUCUCUCUCUCUCUUUCAGGUAAUACGGUCAACUGUGAUCUUUUUAUAGUGAUGUGCUGAUAGCAAUGAAACAAACUACUGUAAUUCAAGGACUUAUUCUUUAUUAUGAAAAAUGGAAACUGGUUUCGAAGUUAUUCAUGCUAUGGAAAAUAAGUCAUUCACUGUUUUUUCAUAUUCGCAAGUUAACUGCUUUUCCUCACAAAGGGCUUUGUCUGCUUCAAAAUAAGUCUUGUGACUUUAAUAAGAUUCUGAAAUGGAAUAUGAGUAACUUUGAUGCACAGAUUUGCAGUUCUGAAAAUACAUUUAAUAUAUUAAUAGGUAUUGAUGAGCUGGUGUUAAAUUCUUGUUAUCCUUUGACUGGAUGUUAUAUAAAUCAAGAAAAUUGUCAGUUAAAAAAUUUUCUAUCUUAAUGAGAGUAUCAUCAGCUUUAACUACUUCAGUCUUAAAUUCUGUUUUAUUGAACUUUGCAAGAAUCUUUUCAAUUUUAAUGUUGAGUACUGCAGAACAAAUAAAAUAUAUUUGUUUGGCAUUUCUAAAUGUGGCUGAUGCAGGAAAAAUAACUCAUAAGGAAAUUGCAAAAUCUGAAAGAUGUUUGUUUCGUUAUAAAUGUGAGUUUGGCAGAAGAUCAGUUGCUGUAUAUGCACGAAUCCUGGAUGUGACAUGUCUUGCUGGAUUAUCUUUGUCUCCUUGUAACAUUCUUGUCUACCACAUUCCAAAGCAAACGACUGUCAGGUCCAGUUUGUUGCUAUUACUGUUACCAUUGAUAUUACUUCAUAUGACAUUGUUUGUAAAUAAAUCCAUAUUAAAAAUAUCUUCAGUAUUUCAAUAUUACAUUUCAUUUAAGCUUUUAAAGCUUAUUUAUUUUGAAAUUAUACAGUCAGCCCAUUGAAGUUUUUAACUCAGGCUAUUAACCUCCAAGAUUUUUCCAAGUGUUGCAAAGUUUUAAAUAGCCAUGUAUAUUUUACUUGCACAGAAAAGGUGGAUUUUUGUUAAGUAAUUUAAAAGGUGAUCGGAUGGAAAGUAUGCUGUUAAUGUACAAAUUUAUUGGCGUUAUUGAACUUAAGUGCCAAGCUGACACUGUUACAUUACUACUGAAAUAAAAGUACCUGGAUUGCUACGAAAGUUGUGUGUAGUUACAAGCCAGUGUUGUACAGAGUUCAGGAGUCAUUUAUUCUUAAUAAUCUGGCUUAUCACACUCUUUGGAGCACACCUGUGUGUGCGCCAUCUCCUUUUGCGCACACAUUUUAAAUAUCUAAUAAUUAAGACAUUUUGCUAAGUAAUUUUGAAAUAUACAUGUGGUUACUCAUGUAUGUAAGAAAUAUUUCUACCUCGAACUGACCUGCACUGGCUGUAAAUGAAGAGGAAUAAUUUCCAGUUAAGCAAUAAAUUUCUAUAUAACAAAUUUUGAGGAAGUUAAUAAUCCUUAUUUCAGCAUGGGUAUAAUAUGUAUUAGUAUCUUUGUUACUGCCGUGAUAUACUCAUUAAGUGUGGAUGAACUCUUUUUUUAAAAAAGAAAAAGAUGGUAUUUAAAGUGAUAAAAUGAAAUUUUAUAUAAAAGGUUGCUUAAAAGUUUGGUCACCUUUUGCUCAAGAGCUAGAAUUCCUGUUGUAGAUACAGAGGCUAUCUAUUCAUUAUUUUUUAAAAUCCAUAAAUAAAUGAACACCAGUAGUUUCAGUAAAAAUCUAUUGAAUUAGAAGGGUGGGUGUAUCUUUAUCAAAACACAAGCCAGCCAGCCUCCACUAGUUACAUAGUUGUUUUAAUAAUGGGUUGAAUUUGGGAUACCACAGUUUCAUCUAUACUUAUUUCACAGGGUCAUCAUUACAUAAAGCUGUCUUACAGCAAAGGAUUGUAUAAUUUAAUCAGAAAGACUUCCAGUAAUAACUCUGCGAUUGCAUAUUAUCUUCAAACAAGAGUAGCAUGUAGAUAAAGGUAAGUAAGUCAGUGAUGAAGGAAAACAGUUGGACUUGCAGAUCUGUAAUGUAGUUAGUGUACUAUUAGUAAAUUUUCUUUUGAGACCAGCAUGCUGGCAUACAGUGAAAAAAAUUGUAACCUCUGGAAGUGUAGUUCACCACAGCUUAUUUCUCAGUGGAGCCAUGUUACUGUUUGGUAUCCAUUUGUUACAGUGUAAAUUAGGUACAGAUAUGCUUAUCGGUUCAAUUUCUUUACACUCUUAAGGCAACAGUUAUAUGAAAAUGACAGGACACUUAUUGUAAAAUGCUGUAAGCACCACUGAAUAUAAGAAGUUACUUUGAUUUUGAAGUUGGAGAAACAAGUGCCUAGAGAGAAGAGCCAGCCUAUGGUGUUCUGGACAGUUUUUCAUUACUUUAAGCAUGUUAAUAUGUUGUCACAGAAGUGUGUAUCAUUAUUGUGGGAUGUUCUGCCAAUAAAGUUGGUUCUCCACUGUAACUGAAUGCAUACACUGUGCUGACACACAAAUCUCUCUCUCUCUCUCUCUCUCUCUCUCUCUUGUGUGUGUGUGUGUGUGUGUGUGUGUGUGUGUGUGUGUGUGUGUCCACCUUUCACCCCUGCACCAUUGAUGAUCUGUGACAGCAAAGAGAGAUUCUAAAUGAAACUAUGAAUCAUAUUGGAAAUGUAGCUUUAAUAAAUUAUAGGGGUAUUGUAAUGUAAUGACUUUAUCAGUGUUAAAAUUUGUAGAAAAUUCGUGAGCAAGUGUCAACUGCAUUUUGUAAACUUACCAACUAAAUUAUUCCUGUUUUCAUUUUUAUUUUUAUAUUAUCUUGUUACUAGUUUUGUUACACUGUUUAAUUUAAGUAGUUAGUGAUGUACAAACAAUUGGCAAUGCAACAAAGCUGUAAAGAAUGGAAUGGUAAACUCUAAAGCCAAAAAUGUAACGGCAUUAAAUGGAUAUUACAACAGUUAAUAAAGAUAAAACAUUUUUAUUCUUUGAGUAUUUAA